AUGAAUUCGGCAUUAGAAAAGGCCGUUGUUUGCAACCCAGCCCAAAAUUCUUUCCUUAAAAUUGACAAAACGUUUUGUAAUAACUACAUUGAUCCGGACAGUUUGGAUAAGGAGGAUCCCACAAAAUCCAGUCCACUUGCUCUUCUGAUUGAAACCUGUGACCGAGUGAGGAAGAAUUUGGAGCAGACCAAGUUUUCCACCAUUCUAUGCGAUCUCGUCAACGAUAUGGCAGCACCGCCAAGUCUGGUGGGACAGAAACGCCACGCCGACGCUCUCCUUCGUCACCCACCGGUAAAGUUGAGGCGGCCAAGCUUUCAUCCGCCUUCACCUCCUGUGCCACCACUACACCCGUUUUUUCUCCCGCCGCCGCAGACGGAGCCCAUCAACCUCAGCAGCAAGUUGGUAGAGGUAGCGACGACUUUUGCUCCCUUCCCAACCCCGCCACCAUCUCUUUCUCCGACCCCCAGCCCACUCUCCCUGACACCGAUGACGAGCCUGCUGACGCAGCUCCUUUUCUUCAGUGGCCUGCUUCCGCAUCUGCUGAAACUGGGUCCUCUUUUCUCCCCUCCCUGCCAACAGUAUACACUACGCUCGCUCUUCACACCACCUUCGCAGACCCAAGCUGCCUUUCUGCCGUAA